UCAGCGAUUACUCAAAAUUCACGAGAGAUUAUCCACAGCUGGUUCAUAAAACAUUACUCAUAGUAUAGUUUGUGGUUGCAAAACACAUAAUAAUAUUGAUAGGGAAUUAAUAAAAUAAAAGGAUAAAUUUGUAAGAAAUUUAAUCACGUGAUCUCGUCUUGAGAUAUAAACAGACCUGUGGAAGUUACUUUGUUCUGUGACUGCGAAACUUUCCGGUAUAAAUGAAAUAGUUUCAAAAUUGAAUUGAUAGUUUGUAAAGCUUCUGAAAUAUAUAAAUAUAAAUUGUUUCAAAUAUAAAGGUAUGUGAUGGGGCGUUUCAAAGCUUGAAUAAAUAAUAAUGCUGUUUCGUCGUUAAAUAAAUGAUAUAGAUUGAGUUGCGAAACAUUUACAUUAUUUUCAUCUCAAAAUAACAUUUGAUGGCAUACUUUUAUUGUAAAGAGUUUAUAAUCAAAAGGUGUAUAUAUCACAUUUACGUUGUUUUAUUCACAUUUAAUUGACUUAAUGCUUCGAGUGAUGGAGUUUUGUGAAAUAACGCGUACUGUGGACCAUCCGUCGAGUAUAAGGUGCAAAUCAGACAGUCAGAUGUUUAUCAGAUAUGGGAUACGAGAUCCGAAUUGUCGAGCCCAUGGUCGAAGAUGUUUUAAAAAGAAUACUUCAUUAACGCUCAUUAGACGCCCAACGUUUCUUGCGACGAUUCUCUGUUUGAUACAUUUAGUGACAUUCGCUGUGACAACGGACGCUCAUCGAGGCUUGGACAUGUGUGAGCCUAUUGAGAUCAGUAUGUGUUCGAGCAUGCCUUACAACAUGACGCGGAUGCCGAAUCACCUUCACCACAGCACACAGGAGAACGCUCGCCUCGCAAUCGAACCGUACGGGGAACUUAUAAAAGAGAACUGCAGUGCGGAUCUGCUAUUCUUUCUAUGUGCCAUGUUCGCUCCAAUCUGCACGCCAAUGUUCCAAAAAGAAGCCAUUCCUCCUUGUCGCUCCGUGUGUGAGAGCUCGAGACACGGGUGUGAGCCUGUCAUGAACCAGUAUAACAUCUCAUGGCCUACUGAUCUUAACUGCGAUCGACUUCCAGAGUACGACAAAGGUGUGUGCGUAUCCCCUGAAGCUAUCGUCUCUUCCAUGCCAGAAGGAGAGACGCCAAAUGAAAAGUCAAAAGAGAAAGGAAAGGAACAAACUGAAUGUUCCUGUAACACUAGAAUAAAACCGAACAAAAAGGUAUUCAAAAAAGGAAAAUAUGAUUAUGCCAUAGGCGCACUCAUAAAACACAUCACGCCAUUGGGCGCGAACGCAACGCUGAUAAGAGUUACAGUGAACUCCAUACUGCUUCGAGGGAAGGUUCACCUACAAGAGCGGAGAGAUAUAAACCUUCUGGCCGGGUCUUCCUGCGUCUGCCCGGCCCUUCGGACUGGGAGGCAGUAUCUGAUCGUAAGCCGAGAGGAUGUCAUGAUGAACCGACUGCUGUUUACAGAGGAUAGCCUUAUAUCACGCUGGAAGACGAAAUGGGGCACAAAAUUUAUGAGAUGGGUGAAGGAGAAGCGAGGCAAGAACAAGAAACGACCGUGUAAGAACAAAAAGUCGAAAAAAUGCCGGAGACGAAAAAGACGUUGUAGGCAUCAGCCAAAAGAUGAAUCAAAGGCUGUGAGAUGCGCUAGGCCGGGGAAAAAUAACACGCCGAAUAGAAAGAAUAGAAAGAAGAAAAAGGAAAACGUGAACACCGUCACAAACGAGGCCAGAAAAUGAAAGGCAUGUGGGUGACCAGGAGGGCGUUCUCUUCAAAAUGUUCUAUCAAAACAAAACACAGCAAUAAAAGGCAUGAGUAAUGCCGUGGGGUUACUUAUCUUCGUAUGUGAUAUAUCUGUGUAUUAAAAAGACUAUUGAUUCUUGUACAAAAUGGAAACAGAGCAUUAUAAGUGCCAUAUUGUUUUGAUAUCAAAACGUUAAAUGUCCAUAUAUUUCGUCAUUAGUAAUGUAAAUGUCCUAUAAUUAUAUACUUGUUUAUUUUGACAAGCGAACUUCGGGACUUUUUAAAAAAGCGAAGUUUGCAACUAUGUAGUGCUAUAAGCAAUGACUGUGAUUUGAAAUUCACAUACGCAUAAACGCUGUUGUGGUUGGCUGACAAUACGUUGAACAUUGUGCAAUGUGUGAUGGUGCAAACAUUAUGACUUAUUUUAUUGUAACUGUAAGUUACAAGUAUUUUACAUGUUAAGUGUUUAUCAAAAUGUGUAAAUAUAUAAAAUCAGACAAAUAUAGACAACAGUGUAAAUAAA